GUCUAACAUCAAAUUUGACAAAAUUGUCAAAUAUAAACUCAAAAUUUUCGUACCGAACGUAAAUUUUUCUGCCUUAGUGCAAAAUUAACUGUUUUCUAUAAAUUUUAACUAAAAAAAUUAAUAAAAAUGGCGGAACAUGCCCAAAAUUGUCCAAAACUACCAUGGAUGAUAAAUUUCUUCUCAACCGACCAAGACCACGUCCCCAAACAACAACUCCAAGCCGUUUUCAAUGAAAACCGUACUGAUUACCUAUCAAAACUCAAUUUUGAAUCGCCUCCCGCACGUGUACGCCUCACAAGCAUAAUGUGCACAUUAGGACCGAAAUCCAGCAAUCUGCUGGACAUUGAACGCAUGAUAUGCGCCGGCAUGAAUGUCGCACGUUUGAAAAUGGCGUUUUUCACGCGCGCUGAAUGCGAGAAUGUCGUGGAUAACAUUCGUGCCGCAUGCGAUAUCCACAGCAAGAAGAUUGGUACUAUGUUUCCGCUUGCAAUCGCUAUUGAUUAAGGGCCAGAGAUACGGACAGGAACUUUAAAAGAUCCGAGUUUAAAACUUGAAUUUGAACCUGGAGAAGAAACUUGUUUAACCUCAGAUCCUUCCUAUGAAGAACAAGUAACUAAAGAUGUGAUUUACGUAGACUAUAAUGGAAUCAACGAUAUUUUAGAACCAGGAGAUAAAUUGAAUAUUAACAACUCUGUAAGACUAUCAGCGUUGGAAGUAGUCGGAAGUUUUAUCCGUUGUGUCAUUGAACGCGCCGGUUCAAUCUGCGACCGAUCUGCAGUGCAAUUCGAUGAAGCAAUCAUCGACCUACCCACUGUUUCCGAAGAAGAAAUUAAAAUAGCUGUGGACUUGAAUGUCGACAUGAUAAUCGUGUCUAACGUACGAGAUAAAUUCGCCAUACGUGAAGUAAGGAAACAUUUAGGUGAAGAAGGCCAACACAUUCAAAUAAUUGCAAAAAUUGAAGACUUACCCGGCGUUAAGAACAUUAAAGACAUCGCAAAAGAAGCAGAUGGAGUGUUCGUGUCCAGAUCUGAUUUGGAACAUGCUGUACGGCCUGAAAAAUUAUUCAUUGUUCAAAAACAAAUUAUUGCCGAAUGUAACAAACGAGGAACACCUGUAAUUAUCGCACCACAAGUUCUUGAAUCAAUGACCAACAGCCCUGUGCCCACCAAACCCGAAAUAAUGGACAUAACAAACGCCAUUUUAGACGGCGCAGAUUGUCUUUUAUUAUCUCGUGAAACAGCCUCUGGGGAUUACGGCUUGGAAGCCAUUACAACCCUUUCAACUUUAUGCAAAGAAGCUGAAUCAGCCGUGCAUCACCGCCAAGUAUUCCAGGAUUUAUCCCGAGAAAACCCUUGGCCUUUCGAGCCAAUCUACGCGUUAGCAAUGAGCGCAGUCGAAUCAUCAGUCAAAUCAAACGCGGCUUGUAUUAUUUUAUUAACUACAUCCGGAAGAUCCGCUGAAGUUGUCGCUCGUUACCGACCAAGAUGUCCGAUUAUUGCAAUUACAAGACAUGCGUGCGUUGCGAGAAAAUUACAGCUUUACCGAGCUGUUGAACCGAUACAUUUCAUUGCGAAACCGCUGGUGGAUUGGAAUGAAGACGUUCAUAAACGCAUUCAAUUCGGAAUCACCUACGGGAAACAUUGUAAUUUUAUCAGAGCAGGAGAUACGCUCGUUGUAGUUAAUGGAACUCGCGCCGGGACAGGAUUCACGAAUUCGCUGAGUUUGUAUUACGCGUCGGAAUUCAAUGCCAUUUGCGCAGACGAUUAAACUUUAAUUUCGUACAUGUAUCGCCAUCUAUGUUUCAAAAAUAAAAACAUUUCACUAUUGA